GUCACCGCGGUAUAUAAGCGCGAAACAACUACGCAAUGCCCAUGAGAAUAAACCGACUUUUACUAGUACUGUAGAUGUUUCUGCUCUUGUGCUCAGUCUGACAGGCUUCAGUUGAUGACGUCUCUCGGAAGUAAUUUCGGACACUCAUCGGGAGAGAUUCGCGCGCCGGACUUGGGUCUCGUCAUGGAGAGCCUGGAGCGGGACCUGUCGUGCCCCGUGUGCCUGGAGAUGUUCAACAAGCCGGUGCUGCUGCUGCCCUGUCAGCACAACCUGUGCCGACACUGCGCCGAGGACAUCCUCACCAACAUGGGCGGCUGGGCGCGCUACGGUGGGUCCUUCAAGUGCCCGACGUGCCGGGACCAGAUCACCCUGGGCCGCCAGGGCCUCGACGGUCUCAAGCGGAACAUUCUGGUGGAGACGAUCAUCGAGAGCUACCGGGUGGCGCAGUCGGCGGGGAUCAAGACGGCCCCUCCCGGCGGCGGGGCGUACUGCAGGGACCACAAGGACGAGAGGGUGAACUUGUACUGCGUGACGGACGAGAGACCGAUCUGCGGACUGUGCGUCAUCGGGCAGCACAACCAGCACAACAUCAUCGAGCUGCAGACGAUCUUCAAGGAAAAGAAGGAAAAGAUUGAAACGGAAAUGAACAGACUUCAACAGAAGAACAGUGACAUGUCCAAGGAGAUGUCAGACAUACAGGCCACCUUAAGGAUAAUAGAGGGUGAUCCCGGCCCGCGCAGGAAAUUCAGAUCCAUUUACGGACUGCACGACGUCGCAGACGUUGAAAGUAAAUGUAAAGACACGAAGGCAAAGUUGCUAUCGGAGUGCGACUCGCUGAUAGCUUUGAUAAACGAGCGGAAGGACGCGCUGGUGGAAAAGCUGGAGAAGGAACAGCGAGAGAGCAGCCGGACGCUCAGGGAGCAGAUAGCCUCCAGACAGACCCGGCUGGACAAGUGCAAGAAGACGGCGGCCUGGGUCGAGGACAUGCUGGGCAAAAAGGACGUCGCGCAGUUCAUACAGAAUGUACCAGAAAUUGAAGAGAAAAUAAGUAAAGAGAUCGCCCAGGAGGUUGAGCCGAGGUCGGAGGAUGCUGAGGCCAUCAUCCGCUAUGAUGUGGACUUCUCCGCAGAGAGGGAGCUGAUCGGCAAGAUGGACUUCUGCCAAGGCGAGGAAAUCCCUUUCCAAGACUUGGUGGCGAAGUACGUCAAGACUCCCCUGACCAACGACGCCGACGACGACGCCUGCUGCGCCGGGAACCGCGACGACGACGUGUCCCCGUCUCCAUCCACGUCCUCGUCCUCGUCUGACGGACGGUCGUCCCUGCUGGACACCCCGAGGAGACGGGAUUACCGGUCUGCUGAUCGUGAUUCUGAUUAUUCUUCUCUGUCGUCUUCGUCUUAUCUUUCCCGCUAUGAUUCUUCCCGCUCCCGCUCUCCCACCUCUUCCUAUGAUCCCUCCACUCCUCGCACUUCCCGUCGCUCUUUCCUUGACUCCCUGUCCUCCUCGUCCUCCUCGUCUCGGUGGUCGUCUUCCCGAGACUACAGUUCUCUCCUGUCUCGGUCGUCCACCCGGACCACGGCUGCGGACGAUUUGUCCAUGUCUCCCCGUCCCGCUCGCAGGCAGCUCCGCCGCUACACAAGAUCGCACACAUCUCUAGACACCUCGACAGAUCUUUCAGAUUAUAGAAGUAGUGUAAGAGGACUUAUCGGUGACAUUAGGAAUUCGUUAGAUCGUGAUCGUGCACGUGAAGGUGACCGUGACGAUUCUUCCGACUUCAGGAGUUCUCUGAGAGACCGAGGCUCGUCGGCCCUAGAUAGAGCCGACCGAGCAGCGACCUCCUCCCCGGCAGAUGACGACUUCGGGAGCGCGCUCAGGGCGCGCCGGACGGCCGCGGCCUCUGCGUUAGAGAGAAUCGAGAGAACGACUGCGGCCCUGCUAGACGACGCUUCGGACUACAGAAGCCCAAGCUCCUACAGAACAACCUCGGCCCUGGACAGAGCCAACUCAGCGCUGGAAAGGGGUUCUUCCGCCCUGGAGAGGACGUCGGCGCUGCUGGAGGGAAGGAGGGCCGAGAGGACAGACAGAGCCGCCGCCAUUCUCGGAAUAGAAAGAGAUAGAGACAGAGACAGAAAUGAGAGCUCGUCAACCUCUUCGAGACACGACGACAUCGACACCUCUUCCAUGUCGCUGCUGAGCCGGAGUGCGGCUCUGAGGAGGUCAGCAAUGGCAAGACAGUCUUCGUCAGAGUCAGCAGAAGCUGAAGCGACACCCUCCGAUCUUAGCAGCAGAUCCGCUGCUGGAGGACAAGGCCAGGUCUUGCUGUUCCGAUUGGAUCCCAAAACGGCGCACAGAGACCUGAAGCUGACGAACGGCAACCUAACCGUGGAGUGGGACCCGGACUACGACAUCGACGUAGAGGAUAGCGUGGAGCGCUUUGUCGGGUACAGCGUGGCCGUGCUGGGCGACAAGGCCAUCUCGUCCGGUCGGCACUACUGGGAGGUUGACGUGAGCGAGAGCCGCACGUACCGCAUCGGCGUGUGCUCCCGGGACGCGCAGCGGGACAGCAUCAUCGGGAACACCGAGGACGGCUGGGUGCUGCGCCGCAACGCUCGCGAGUACACGCUCCGCCACGACGUCAACUCGCCCAUCCGGCUGGCCAUGCAGCACGACCUGGACAAGAUAGGGAUCCUCAUAGACUACAACAGGGGCGAGCUCGCCUUCUACAACGCGGAUAUCGGACUGAGACUGCACACGCUGAAAGCACACUUCGUGACUCCGAUUUGCCCGGCCUUCUCUCUGUGGGACGGUGUCGUCACCGUGGUCUCCGGAUGUCCAUGGCCAGACUUCCUUCUAAAUUAAGAGAAGAAUAUAUACAUCACCAUCCGAUUGACUAAGGAAACUACGUUUUUGUAUAUGCUAUACACGAAGAUUAAUCGAUAUGUUAUGCCGAACACCACCCUGUUGCACAUUGGGUCUGGAUUUUUAGUUGGACACUUGAGCUUUCACCAGCUUUCGAUUAGAAAUGCUAUAGGCUCAUGAUGCUGCAUACGGAACAAAUCACUAGCAUUUCAUUUGCGCUGGAUGAGACAGGGUACAAGUCUCUGGACCCACAUAGCCAGCAAGAAGCAAUAUCAAAGUCUCACAUAUGCACAUGCCUCGUUGCUUUUGGCAUUGUUUUAAGCAAUUGUAAAUUCUCAAAGUAAGAUGACGACUUUGUGUGAAUCACUAGCCUAUUAUUAAGCAUGUACAAAACAACAUAAAUAGAGUAACUAAUCUAUGAAAAUUGUCAACGUAAAAAAAGAAACAUGAAACAACUAUCUUGAAAACCUUGCAUUUGAUGCGGGAUGACGUAAGAAUCUGACAAUGGUGUAUUUUUUUCUGGAUAUGAUGAUAGCAAUUAUUUUCAUGAUGUGUACCGACGUAGGUGUGUACUGAUGUAACGUUAGUUGAAAUGAUUAAGAUCAGUCAUUUAAGACUAAGAUGCUGCAAUACCGAACAUACGAACGUUGCGGCCGCCAUCUUUGUCUGACUUGUAGUUGACCUUGACCUUGACACAGUGUGUGUCCUGCCAGUACGUGCAAGCUGACUACGAGAACCACACGAAAUAUAGAUGAGAGUGCAAUAGUUUUGUCUGAAAUGCGUGCCAAAUAAAGACAAACUAUUCCAGAAGUUGCAGAUAGGAAAGAGCUUGUCAUGUGAGUCAGAAGAUAUAAAAGGGAGAAGACCCUCCCCUUGAGAUAUGUGAUGCCAUUAUUUGUUGUGUGUGUAACAUAGGCAUACUUAGACAUUCAUAUUGGGGAACUCCUCGGUUACGUCUAGCUAGGUGACUCCUACUUUAAUGUGUAGAGAUUGUCCAUACAUUCAAAUACCUACAUAUCGUUUUCCUAUGUUUGUGGUGAAGUACAUGUCACAACAAUAUGUAUGAAUAUGUAUUAUUAUAGCCGCAUCGCCACAGACAGGACAGGGCAGGAUCAUGUUUCACUGAGGCCGCCCAUGAAUAGCAACAAAUUCAGUGACAGAGCAACAUAUUUUCAAUCUUACUGUCUGAACCUCUUGCUGAUACGAUUCGUUGUAUGGAUGCCACGCCUGCCUGUCAAUUAUAUACACAAACUGCUGGGUUUCUUCAACUGUGCUCGUAGUUAUAUGUCUCAGAAAGCAUCACUAUCUGGUGAUAUCACUGCUGUUAAAAAAAUAAUAAACACUUCAUUUCACA